AUGGAAGUGCUUGUUUAUUUAGACACCAUAUUGGUCACCUUGAGCCUCUUCCUUCUAAUAAGUUACCAUGCAUAUUUAUGGCAUACCUUCAAGACCAAGCCAUCUCAUACAACCAUUGGAAUUGACUCGAUCAGAAGAAGAAUAUGGUUUCUUGAAAUUAAGGAGGGUGAUGGUUUGAAGGAUAUGCUGGCAGUCCAGAGCUUGAGAAACACUCAAAUGGUGGCAAUAUUCACAGCUUCAAUAGCAAUUGCCUUUAGCUUGGCCUUGGCUGCUCUGACCAACAAUGCCUACAAUGCAAGACACCUCUUAAUCAAAAGCCCCCUUUUCGGUUCACAGUCUGGAAGAAUGUUUGCUCUCAAGUAUGGCUUUGCCUCAGUUAUCUUGCUGUUUAGUUCAUUAUGCAGCUCUAUGGCCACCGUGUUCUUCAUUGAUACCAUUUUUCUCAUCAACGCUUCUGCUGAGUUCUCAUCUUCUGGAAUUACACAAACACUAUUUGAAAGAGGAUACAUGUUGGCUCUCAUAGGCCACAGGUUGCUCUGUAUCUCAUUUCCCCUUAUGUUGUGGUUGUUUGGCCCAGUGCCUGUGGCAUUGUCGUCCCUGGCCUUGGUUUGGUGGCUCUCUGAGCUUGAUUUUGUUGGGAAAUUCAACAAAAGCAAUAGGCAAAGUCUCAGUUGA